AUGCUGUCUCGCGCCGCUCGUCCCACCGCCAGGGCUGGCNNUCCCAAUGCCGCCAACUUCGCCACUCUCCGUGAAAUCGAGGGUCGUCUCAAGUCCAUUCGCAACAUCGAGAAGAUCACCAAGACCAUGAAGAUUGUCGCCUCGACCAAGCUCACCCGCGCCCAACGUGCCAUGACCUCUUCCCGCGCCUACGGCCAGGCUUCCCAGCAGGUCUUCGACGAGGCCGAGACCAAGCCCGUCGAGGGUGCCGAGGGCAAGACCCUUUUGGUUGUCUGCUCCUCCGACAAGGGUCUCUGUGGUGGUAUCCACUCGGGUCUUUCUCGUUUCGUCCGCAGAACCUACGGUCCCGAGCCCGAGAGCUACGAGCUUGUUGUUCUCGGUGAGAAGUGCAAGGCCCAGCUCGGCAGAUCCAACCCCAAGAACAUGGCCCUCAGCUUUGCCGGCGUCGGAAAGGACGUCCCUACCUUCGCCGAUGCAUCCGCCAUUGCCGACCAGAUCACUCAGCUUCCUGGCAACUACUCGAGCGUCAAGAUCCUCUACAACAAGUUCUUGAACGCCCAGCAGUACGAGCCCACUGUUGUUGAGGCUUUCUCCGAGGACGCCAUCAAGGCUUCUGGGUCACGCUUAUUCCAGAUUCUCUACAACCGUACCAGACAGGCCGCCAUUACCGGUGAGCUGGUCGAGAUUAUCACUGGUGCCACCGCAUCUGAGGAUAUGUAA